AUGGAUCCAGGGGAAAGGAAAAGAGAUCUCCUUCCAAGUGAUGACGAUGGUGGUGAUUUAGAAAAUAGAAAAUCUAGAAGAGAAGACAAUAUACGCCAUCCUCAACAACAACAACAACAACAAAAUUAUCAACAACAACAAAAUUAUCAACAACAACAAAAUUAUCAACAACAACCAUAUGACCAACAAUCACAAUCGUCAUCACAAGGUGGAUACUAUCAACCCCCUCCACCUCCUCCAAGUGGAUAUUAUCAAUCACCACCACCUUAUUCACGAGCUGGAUAUGAUCCAUAUGGUUACUAUGCUCCACCACCACAACAUCAACCAAAUAGUUAUUACCCACAACAACCAAGUUUUGAUCCAUACUUCCAACAACAAUAUCAACCACCACCACCACCACCACAACAACAACAACAACAAUAUCAACCACAAUCACAACAACAACAAUAUCAGCCUCAACAAUCUCAUGGAUAUGAUUAUCAACAAUCAUACCAAGGUUAUCAAAACCAACAGCAACCUCAACAAUCCCAAGAAAACCAAUCCCAACAACAACAAUCCCAACAAUCCCCACAACCCCAACGACCCCAACAACAAUCCUAUCAAUCGUAUCAACAACAACAACCUCAACAACAACAACAAGAUAUAUUCCAAGUUCCUCAAGAUAGAAAUAGAAGUUAUAGAGAUAGUGGUGGUGAUAGAGGAAAUGGUUCUUCUGGAAAUGACAACUAUGGAUAUCAAAGAGGAAGAGGUAGAGAUAAUAAUAAUAAUAAUAAUGGUGGUGGUGGUAGUGGCAGUGGCGAUAGGUAUGGUAGUGGCAGUGGUGGCAGUGGUGGGGAUAGAUAUAGUGGUAGAGGUAGAAGAGAUUUUGGAGAUAGAGAUAACAAUAAUAACAAUAAUAAUAAUAAUAAUUAUAGAAAUAGAGGAUACAAUAAUAGAGAUAAUGGUAGCGGGAGUAGUGGCGAAAAAGAUUACGGUUCAUUAUCUCCACCAUCAUUUGGUAAUGCACAAUCAACAACAUCAAGUAUUAUUCCACCUCCCAGAACAAUUAGUGACUCACCAAAACAACAACAACAACAACAACAACAACAACAACAACAACAACAACAACAACAACAACAACAACAUGAUGAAGGCAGUGGAUAUUAUGAAGAUGAAGUCAAUAAAUCCUCAAACAACAACAACAACAGCAGCAACAACAAUGAAAAAACCACAACAACCACAACAACGGGUAGCACCAUACCAAAAUCUCCUUCACAUUCACCAUCCCCUUCACCAUCCCCUUCACCAUCCCCUUCACCAUCAAAUUUAUCAUCAAAUACAUCAACCACAAAACCAAUAUCCUUCACAAAAAGGGUUAGGGAUGAUGAUGUAGCUGGCAUAAUAACAAAUAAACAAGAAAAUGAACAAAAACCAAAAUUAUCAACACCUGUUAAAUUAUUAACAAAUAGAUAUAUUUUAAAUACUGAUAAAUCAAUUCAAAUUUAUCAAUAUGAUGUUGCAUUUAAUCCACCAUUAUUUAAUAGAUCAAAAAAAUAUGAUAUAAUUUCAAGUUUAACAAAACAAAUUGGAGUAAAUAUUUAUGAUGGAUCAUCAUUAAUGUAUUGUAAUAGUAAUACUAUAAAAGAACGUUCAUAUGAAGUUGAAGAUGAUAUAAAAGUAAAGAUAACAUUGAUUCAAUUAUUGGAUGAAUCAGCGGUAAUUCAAUUUUAUAAUGUUUUCAUGAAAAGAGUUAUGAGAUUAUUAGGUUAUUCAGUAGUUGGUAGACAAUAUUAUAAUAGUCAAUUAUCAAAGUCGAUUGAACGUUCAAGUUUAAAUAUUUGGCCAGGUUAUUUCACAUCAAUCAAUAAAAUAUGUGCUGGUGUUUCUUUAUUAGUUGAUGUCUCUCAAAAAGUAAUAAGAAGACAAUCAGUUUUAUCAACUAUAAAAGGUGGACAUAGUGGUUAUGGAGGUAGUGAACGUGGUGGUGGUGGUGGUGGUGGUGGUGGUGGAUUUAGAAAAUCAAGACAAGAAAUUGAAAAUGAAUUAACUGGAUCAAUUGUAAUAACAUUAUAUAAUAAUAAAACCUACCGUAUUAACUCGAUUGAUUGGGAUAAAUCACCAAUGUCAAAGUUUAGUACAGAUAAAGGUGAUGUUUCAUUCAUUGAAUAUUAUAAGAUAACUUAUGGCCGUGAAAUUAGAACUAUGGAUCAACCAUUAUUAGUAUCACGUUCAAAGGGUAAGAAUAAGGAUAAUGAUGUAUUUCUAGUACCAGAAUUAUGUAACUUAACAGGUAUAAGUGAUGAAGAUCGUAAAAACAAUUCAAUGAUGAAAGAAUUAUCUGAACAUAUCAAUGUAGAACCAAAGAGAAGAUUUCAUACGAUUCAAUCAUUUUUAGAUUCGAUAGCAUCAAGUGAUGUAAUUAAGGAACAAACUUCAAAGUGGGGUCUAUCAUUUCAAUCUCCACUAGAGGUAAUUGCAAGUCAAUUUCAACCACCAAUGAAGGAUAUACCACGUUAUAAAAAGUUGAAAGAUAUUUGGGCAGUAAUUGUAUCUGAAGAUAAUAAGAAUUGUAUCGAUCAGUUUGUACGUCUAAUGUUUGAAAAGUUUACAAUGGAGAGACCAAUUGUAAGAGUAAUUAAACACAAUCCAAUGGGAAGAGAUUACUCUAUGGCAAUUAAAGAUUUGGUAGAAAGAGAUAAUCCAUCAUUCAUAGUUGUAGUUGUAAACGGUGUUAAAACUGAUUUAUACAAUUCAAUAAAGAGAACUGCAAUAUUGGAAUGCAAGGUCAUCACUCAAGUCCUAACGGUUAAAACCAUAACCAAUCAAAAAAUAAGUUCAAUAUUUUCAAAGAUCACCAAUCAAAUCAAUGCAAAAAUUGAUAUUCCACCAUGGACUUUAAAAGAGAAUUCAAAUUUUGGUAUUCCAAAUUAUACAAUGGUAGUUGGUAUUGAUGUUGGUCAUAAUACCGAUAAGGAAUCAAGAUCGGUUGCAGCUUUUUGUGCUUCAGUAAAUCAUAGUUUUACAAAUUUUUUUGUUGCAUGUAGUAUUCAAAAACAAAAUACUAAAGAGGUCAUUCAUUCAUUGGGUAACUCUAUGAAUUGUGCUUUAAGAUCUUAUUAUGCAAAGAAUGGUCGUCUUCCUUCAAAUAUUAUAGUUUAUCGUGAUGGUGUUAGUGAUGGAAUGCUCGAUCAAAUCAAUAAACAUGAAGUAUCAUCAAUUAGGGAAUCAUUCAAUCAAUUACCCCAAUCAAUGGGUCCAAAACCAGCUUUAAUCUAUAUUGUUGUAAAAAAACAAACUCACCUUCGUCUAUUCAAUAUGUCAAGAGAUCUUGGUAAUCCUGAUCAAGGUGUUGUUGUAAAUAAACCAGUUACAAAAGAAAGAUGGUAUGAAUUCUUUUUAGUCUCUCAAAGAACUCAUAAAGGUACUACAAAUCCAACUCAUUAUCAUGUACUUCAAGAUGAUACAGAAAUUGAAAUGGAAUCUUUACAACAAUUAACAUUCAAUUUAUGUUUUCUUUAUUUCAAUUUUGAUCAAGCAGUUUCUGUACCAAUGGUAUGCCAAUACUCUCAUAAAAGUGCACUUUUAUGUGGUAAAUCUUUAAAUGCUACUACUCCAGAUGAAAUGAGUAAUCAUUUAUUCUUUUUAUAA